AAUACUGUGGAUGGUGCCAGUAUAUGCUCUGAAUGCUUGGCUGGUGCUUGGUAAUCCAACCUGGGCCCCAUAUUUGGAUGCUGCACGAGAAUGCUAUGAAGCCUAUGUCAUAUACAACUUCAUGAUGUUUUUGUUAAACUUUCUGGAUGAUGAAAUGGACCUGGAUGCAACAAUGGAGACCAAGCCAACAACUCAUCAUUUUUUCCCCCUCUGCUGCCUGAAACCUUGGCGAAUGGGAAGGGAAUUUAUACAUCGCUGCAAGCAUGGUAUACUUCAGUACACAGUUUUCCAUCUCAUGACAACCUUCAUUGCUUUUGUAUGUGGACAGGCAGGAGUCUAUGAAGAAGGAAAAUUAUCCCCUACAAAUGCGUUCGUUUACUUAUUUGUAGUAAACAACUUUUCACAGUUUGUGGCUAUGUAUUGCCGUUUGUUUUACAAGGCAAUGAAAACAGAACUGGAUCCAAUGUCUCUUGCCAAGUUUUUAUGCAUCAAAGCAGUGGUCUUCUUUUCAUUCUUUCAAGGAGUUGCCAUAUGUUUCCUUACAAAAAUGUAUUUAAGGAGAAUAGGUGUGUUGGCUCUGAGGAGUAAAGAUAUCAUCAGUUUAGGUUGGAAGGAGCAUAUGGAGCUGAACUUCUUAAUUUGCAUUGAAAUGUUUAUUGCUGCAGUUGUCCACCAUUAUGCAUUUUCCUAUAAGCCUUAUGUGGAUGAGGAAUAUGAAACUGGCAAUUGCUGUCAUACAUUCCUUCUCAUAUGGGAUAUUUCGGAUGUCAGAUCUGACAUCAGGGAGCAUGUCUAUGUCGUUAGCGAAGGAAUGAAGCGUCGCUUGACAUCUCGAGGGGGUGGUUGGCCUGGUGGUGCCUCGGCUGUUGGUGGUACUAGUAGUGGAGAUGAGAACACCCGUCUGAUUGCCCCUCAUGCUCACUCUGGCACACGAGCAUCACAUCGGUAUAUGUCCACUUCAGAAUCAGAUCAUGAUAUUGUUAUUGAGCAGGUAAUUAUUCACAACCUUUGAUCUAUGCUGUUUCCU